CGGGAAUCAUCAGUCACUGAUAAAUUUAGAAAGCAGCGACCAUGGCGGAGGACCCAAAAAUCACGGCGGUACGUGCAUGAAGUAGUACACAGUAUCCUCGACACUUGAUCGAUUUGUGUCUUCCUCCACAUCAUACCAUCAAUAUGGCUGCUUCUGUGGGACUAUUACCAUCCUCGUUGCAGAGCUCUCUGCAACAAAUUCUCCAAAGAGUCAACAAGUGCAACGGAGGUAUCCGAGUGAUUCUUCUUAGCACAGCAGAAGGAGUCCCGUUGGCCCGAGUGUAUGCCGAUUCAUCACAGCCAUUGAAUGAAGAUGUUUUGAGUGCCAUUGAAUCGACCUGGGCGCCGGCAUCCAAGCAGUGCCCCAUGCUCAAUAUGGGAAAGGAAGUCAAGACUGUGACGGCCAUUUACGACCAUGGGAUACUCAUGCACGUCUAUCAAGUACCAUUGGUGUUGACAAUUUUGGGGAAUCCGCAAGCGAAUAUUGGGGUGUUGCGAUCCACGGCGAUUCCUCUGUUAAAAGAAGUGCUGGAGCCACUGUGUUCUACACUGUUGAAUAGUCUUGCCCCAGGGAGAGAUUAAAAAGCUGUACGGGCUGUGCGUGUUUUUGGGUGGAUGAAAUACCUUUCCAGAAUUUGGUUGGGGUUUGGAAGAAAUACCAAGCACUUCAUCAUUCCCAUUUUGACAGACCGACUCCAAUUUUCAUCCUAUUAUAGGAGUACCUUCGUAGUUUGGUCCCUCUCAAUCUAAAUCAAUCCAAUGUCCUACUAG